AUGUUUGAAAGAAGUAAAAGGAAAUCCUUUUUAUUCUUCGGAGGCUCCAACCAGGAUCAAAGGAAUAAAUCCCAAGAAACUAGCAAUAGCCGUAACUCCUCUAGCGCUAAAGCUUUGCCGCAACACAAGCCCUUACACAAGCAGCCUCUGAAUAAUACCCAAAUGCUGAAAGAUGAGGUCGAACCGCUAUCAGAAUUGAAAACCAAUGAUAAUAAUAAAGGCCCUCAAGCGGAGAGGCUGCAACAAAACAUACCAAUACGUCAGGCUACCAUUGGAAGACGUAGGCCGCCUCCACCGGUAGAUAUAAGUAAUUUUAGGAGACCUCUAAAAUCAGAACCAUCUGUUUCCACUGUUACAUCUACUGGUAUGGAAACCGGAACGAUAUCCUCUACAUCACCUGCGGAAGUAAAAUCUGGUAAAUCACCGCAGCAGUCAUUCACAACUCCGCAAGUAAGAGACCUGGAACAACAAAUGGAUGAACAGAACUUUCAGCCCGGCCAUCAGCGUCAAAGAUCAGAGGUUGAACAACUGGUGGAUCAUUUGGAUGAUUUUAUCAACCAAUCCAGCGCUGACGUUGAGAAUACUCCUGGUUACUCGGAUGGAGGGGAAAUACCUCUUAGACAACUAGACACAAAAGUUGAUACUGUUAGUGAUGCUGAGAGCGCCAAGAAUAUAACACCUUUGUAUGGGAGAUCUGAAGCCACCGAAGAUAUCAGUGAAUCCGAUGUUAACUAUUCUGAUGGUGAACCGUCCAUGGAUGAAAUGUUUUCCUUCAACGAGUCCAUUAACAAAAAGAAUGCGAUUACCGAUCUCCAACAAAGCACUGCCGCCUCAUCUUUAAGUGAUGUAGGAGGCAUUCCAACAUCCUCGCGAUUUGUCGUUACAAACGCCGACCAAACCUCUGGCUCUGAAUCCGAAGAAAAUUAUGCGGAUCUGCACGAAUACGAAGCGGGUUAUGAUCAAAUGCCAGAGCCAGAACAAGAGCAUGGAAGUACAGAUGAAGAUGAUUUAUAUCAAAUGAUAGGUGGAUCAGAGUACGAAAGAAGGAAUUUCAGAGUAGUUAACGAAGAAAAACCAAACUUUUAUUUCAAUGACAGCACGAGUGAAGAUGAUAAUUCUUACAUGAAUACAGAUACCAAUUCCAUAACCGCAUCGCUGGCAAGACGCAGUUCUUUAUCUUCAUCUAAAAAAGGUGCAGCAUCUUCGUUAUUAAGUAAUACUGAAUCUCGUCAAUCUUCAGCACUGGAAGCAAAGUCCAUUGAUAACGACACCAUCAACACGACUCCGUCAUCAGAAUUCAAGAAAAGUUUGACCAAGGGAUCGAUUCCAGAUAAAAAUGUUCGACUCAUCUCAAGCUACAUAGAAGAGCUACGGCUCUUGUACUUCCCCACGUCAAAUUCCUUACAGUUGCCUCCAGAUCUACCUUAUGCUUUGAAGAACAAGAAUACUCUUGAACAACCACAAAAUAUCAAAGUUACAAUACGAACAAGUACUAGACAAGUCGGUAUAAAGCACGGCAAGGCCAAACAGAAGCUAUUAUCACUUGAAACUACAAAAGAAGAGGAAGAAGAAGAGGAAAAUAACAGUACUACAGGCCUCAAAUUCAAUACCGAGUCCACAAAAGUUGAUCAUACUAAGGAAUUUCAUACUUUGUUCAACAAGGAUGAAAAAAUUUCCGAGGCAGACCAAGAUAUUCUUGAUGAUAUUCCUGGUGAUGAGGCAUACGAUAGCGAUGAUUUAAUGGCACCGUUGCGUGAGAACCCAAAACAAAGAAUUCAUGACGAAGUUUCCCAAACGCGCUUGAAAAGAUCAGAUACUGUAUCCAGCUAUUUCACGAGAAAUGCUGGUAGAAUGAGAAGCGGUACUCUAGACGUAACGUACAGUCCACAGCUACCACUAGAUCUACGGAAAUAUAACCUGAUUGAAGAAUCUCAAAAGCCAUGUACUCCUGCAGUACAUGAAAAAGGUGACACUAAUCCCAAAUCUCAUAAAUCUAGCAUUUCGAAUGCUGACGAUGAUUACGAGCUUGACGUAGCAGAUUUCGGUUACUACCGCGGUACCGCUGGAACAGGAUUGCAUAUAACCAACCCAGAUUCAGAAUAA